GACGCAGAGCGAGCCCCAGCGAAAGCAGCAACCGAGCAGCGGCAGUUGCAGCAGCAGAGCAUCUUCCCUAGCUACAGAGUAGCCUACCUUGCAAACAACAUCCAUAGCCAGGGACCUCUGAGCAUCCCCGGAAAAUAACGAUAAACCAGAUAAAUAACAUGGCCACCUCCUCCUCCCCUAAUGUGGAUGAAGACGAGAGUCUGAAGGGCUGUGAAGUAUUUGUGCAGAAGCACAACAUCCAGCAGAUCCUCAAAGAGUGCAUUGUCAACCUGUGCAUCGCCAAGCCUGAGCGUCCUAUGAAAUUCCUGCGGGAGCACUUUGAAAAACUGGAGAAGGAAGAGUGCAAGCAGAUCCUGGCCCGCCAGAAGUCCAACUCUCAGUCGGACAGCCAUGAUGACGAGGUGUCCCCCCCGCCGCCCAACCCCGUAGUCAAGGCCCGCCGCCGCCGGGGAGGGGUCAGCGCCGAGGUCUACACCGAAGAGGACGCCGUCAGCUACGUCCGCAAGGUGAUUCCUAAGGACUACAAGACCAUGACUGCUCUGGCCAAGGCCAUCUCCAAGAACGUGCUGUUUGCUCACCUCGACGACAACGAGAGGAGUGACAUAUUUGAUGCCAUGUUCCCUGUCAUGCACAUUGCGGGAGAGACGGUCAUUCAGCAAGGUGAUGAAGGAGACAACUUCUAUGUGAUUGACCAAGGAGAAGUGGAUGUCUAUGUGAACGGAGAGUGGGUGACCAGUACUCGGGGAGGGGGCAGCUUUGGGGAGCUGGCCCUGAUCUACGGGACCCCCCGAGCCGCCACCGUCAAGGCCAAGACUGACAUGAAGCUGUGGGGCAUCGACCGGGACAGCUACCGACGCAUCCUCAUGGGUAGUACACUGAGGAAGAGGAAGAUGUACGAAGAGUUCCUGAGCAAGGUCUCCAUCCUUGAGUCUCUGGACAAGUGGGAGCGUCUGACCGUAGCUGAUUCCCUGGAGCCGGUCCAGUUUGAGGACGGGGAGAAGAUUGUGGUGCAGGGAGAUCCCGGAGAGGACUUCUUCAUCAUCACAGAG